AUGAGUCUGCAGAAGCAAAUUGAGGGCGCGGGGGCGGAGGUAAGGGGCGCGGAGCCAGAGGGCAGGGAGGCGCGGGGGAACGGCGCGGAGGGGGAGGAGGAAGGCGCGGGUGAGGGGAAGAAGUCGAGGGGAAGGAAGAGAGGGGUAGCGGAAGCGGAUGGGAUUAGGAGAUCCAAAAGGGAGGAGGGGGAAGAGGGAGGAGAGGAAGAGGAAGGGGAGGAGGAGGGGGAGGAGGGGGAAGCGAAAGAAGGAGAUGAGAACGGAGAGCAAGAGGAAGAAGACGGGGAGGAAGUGGAGGGGUGGGAUGAGGAGGGAGGGGAAGGAGCAGAGGAAGAGGGAGAGGAAGCAGGUGAGGAGCAGGAGCAAGAGCAGGAUGAGGAGGGGGGAGAGCAGGAGGAGCAGGAGCAGGGGGGUGAGGAGGAGGUGGGUGGGUUGGAGGAGAGUGGAAAGGAGAGAGGAAAGGAGGGAGGAGAGGACGGAGGAGAGGAGCGAGGCGACCAAGAUGAGGGGGAAGCACAGGAGGAGGACCAGGAGCAGGGGGAGGAAAGUGAGGACUUGGGAGGUAUGGAAAGGGGGGGUGUGGGCGCCGUUGGUGCUGCAGCAGAGGAGGGUGGAGGUACAGCUGGGGCAGGUGCAACUGGGGCUGUUACAGUUGGGACAGGUAAAACUGGGGAAGGCGGGGCAGUCAUGGGAGAGAAUUCUGAGGGUGCAGCUGGCGAGCGUGAGGGGGGGCAGAAGUCAGGGGUUCCGGAGGGAAGAGCGGCAGAAGAGGAGGAGGUACCCGUGGCAGUGGUGGGAGAGGGAAGUGAGGGGCUAGGGGCAAAGGGUGGAGAUGUGGGGUCAAGGGACGAGGUAUUGGGUUUGGGAAGAACGGUGGGGGUGCAUGAGGCAGGCGUGGAAGCAGGUGAGGAGGGGGCAGGGGAGGGCGAGGGUGGGGGAACAGGUGGGGAUGGUGAGAUGCAGGUGGCAGUGAGGGAAGAGGAUAAUGAGGCAGGAGGGGCGACUAAGGCAGGAGGUGAGGAGUGUGCGGCAGGUGGUGAAGGGGGAGCGGAUGUGGCAGGGGCGGUGGGGGGUAAUGAGGCAGGAGAGGGGGAUAAAACAGGAGGUGGGGAUUGUUUGGCAGGUGGGGAUGGAAGAGGUGAUGUGGUGGGCGUGCCUGGGGGGGACGGCCAGCAGAACGAAGUCAGCAUGGAAGGGAAGGAAGGAGUUGCUGCUACAAAGGGGGGUGACAGUAACGAGGGGGCUAGCAUGGCGCUCGUUACUGUGGAGAGCACACUUCGGGGGUUGGACGUCAUACAGCAGGCUAGGGUAACGGAGCGUGCAACGGAAACAGAGUGUGCUAAGGAUAGUGCAAUAGAGCAUGCUAUAACGAGUACAAUAUGUGCGGUAGAGCCAGCAGAGGGGGGAGGAGAGGCAAGGCAGGGAGCAGGGGAGUGUGAAGAACCCUUGCUGACAGGGGACGCUUCGGAGGAGGAGGGGGAGGAGGAGGCAGAUGAAGCUGAGAAAUGGACGGUGUGGGGAUUCGAUCUCCGGUUCGAUCUCAAAUCUAGGGAGCAGGAGGAGGAGUAUUAUUAUCAGUUCAUGGAUAAAAUGAGAGCCACAGGAGGGGUUGGUGGUGCUGGGGUGGUGGGAAGCGAAGGAGGGAACCAGGGCGGAAGCGGAGUGGGGGGUGCAGGACUGGUUGUCACUCCGGUUGCUGCUUUGGGAGGGGCACAGGCGGCUCAUUCUCACAUGGGGGUGGGCGGUGCAGCAGCCAUGCACACGCCCAUGCACCCGGAAGCAACCAGGCAGUUGGAGCAUAUGGGGGGUCUGCGCUCUGCCUCACCAAGCCUGGCAGGGACGUUCGGAACGCCAGGCGCGGUUGGCGGUUCGGGAGCGGUUGGAGGUUCAGGAGGGUAUGGGGCGACAGGAACGGGUGGAAUGACCGUGGCAUAUGGGCCCGGUGUCAACGAUGGGAGAGAGGAUAAGGAGAAAGACGGAGAUGGGGAAGGGAGGGAAGGCGAAGGGGAAGAGGAAGCGGAGGAAGGAGGUGGGGAGCAAGGAGAUAAGGAUGAUGCUGAAGGGGAGGAGAAGGGCAGGGAGGAGAGAGGUAAUGGAGAAGAGGAGGGGAAAGAGGAGGACAGAGGGGCGCAGGAAGGAAAGGAGGGAGGGAAGGUUGAAGGAGGGAUAGAGGAUGGAGGGAAGGAGGUAGUAGGCAAGGACGAAGGGGAGGGGGAAGGAGAGGCGCAAGGGAAGGAGGAAGGGAAGGAGGAAAGGAAGGAGGAGGAAAGCGGGAAGGAGGAAGGAGAUGAUGAAGGGGAGGAGAAAGGAGGGAACAAAGAAGGAAAGCAGGAACAGAAGGACGAGGAUCGAGAUGAAAAAGGAGGGAAAGUGGGAGAAGAAGCGGAGGGAGCGAGUGAAAUGGAAGUAGAGGAAGAGCAGAGGAGGACUCUGGAUUCAGGGCAGGGUUGCAGCAGGGCAGCAGCGGAUUCUGGAGUCAUGGGAAGGGAUGAGGGCGGAAAGAGUGAGAUGAAAGUAUCAGAACAGCAGGGGAGGACGAGACAGGGAUGCAGCAGGGAAGUUGCGACCGCUGUGGAUGCACAUGCGGGACCUGUGGGGGUGGAGGAGGGCGGAGGGAGGGGGAUGAAGGUAGAGGAACAGCAGGGGAGAGAUAGCAGGGAUAAUGUGGAUUUAAAAGGUGCAAUUGGGGAGGGAAGUGGGGAGAGGGAUAGUGCUGAGCAGGGCGGGAACGGGAGGGAGAACGAGAGGAAAAGGGAGGGGACGCAGAAUGAGGGGAAAGGAGAUGAGGGGACCGGAAAUGAGGGGAGGGAAAAUAAGGGGAGUGGGAGUGAGGUGAAAGAGGAUGAGGGGGGAGGGCAUGAGGGAAAAGAGGAUAAGGGGAAUUGGAUGGGUGGAGAGUUAUGUGAGGGGAAGGGGAAUGAGGGGAAGGGGAACGAGGGGAAGGUGAAGGGGGGGGGUCAUGCUGAUAAAGGGGAUGAGGAAAAGAGGAUUGAAGGGAAGGAGAUUGAUUGGAAGUGGCAAGAGGAGAAGGAGGAGGGGAAAGUGAAUGGGUUGGAAGGGAUUGAUGGAGAAACAAAUGGGUUGAAAGAGAGUUCAGAGCAUAAGAACGAGGAUAGAGGAAAAAGGGGUGGUGCAAAGGAGAUUGUGGGGAAAAGGAGGAAAGUGGAGGAAGGGAAAGUGGAGGAAGGGGAGAUAGAGGAAGAAAAGGUUGAAGAAGGGAGGGAAGUGGAAGGGAAGGUGGAGGAAACAGAGUUGGAGGAAGGGAAGGUGGAGGAAAAGGUUGAGGAAGGGAAAGUGGAGGAGGAAAAGAUUGAGGAAGGGGAGAAGGAGGAAGGGAAGGUGGAGGAGGAAAAAGUGGUGGAGGAAGGGACAGUUGAAACAACAGGGGAGACGACAGAGGAGGAUGGGGUAGAAUGGGUAGUGGGGGAAGGGGAGGAGGAUGAGGUGAGGAUGUGUGUGGAGGGGGAGGAGGAUGAGGGGGAGGAGGAUGAGGUGAGGGUGUGUGGAGAGGAGGAAGAGGAUGAGGUGAAGGAGUGUGUGGAGGGCGAGGAGAAGGAUUCAGAGGGGUGUGUGGAGGUGGAGGAGGAGGCAGAGGGGUGUGUGGAGGUGCAGGGGGAUGCAGAGCGGUACGUGGAGGUGGAGGUGAUGGUGGAUGCCACACGGCACACAGCAGGGCCUGCUCACGCUGCUUCAGGGGCACCAGUUACCCACGGACCACCUGACUCAACCAAGCAGCACCGCGCAUUACCCACUGCUGCACCUCCCACAUGUGAACCCUCAGGUGCUUCAGCACCCAGAGCUCCUGUCCCAGGUGAAACAACAGAUGCACCCUCUGUUGCCUCAGGUGCCCCCCAUCCCGCACCAGCAGCAGGUGCCCCUUCAGGUGUCUCAGGUGGUGAACGCCCCCACACUACCACCACCACGCUCCCCUCCCGCCCCUACCCCGGCCCGACCAAUGUGGAGCUGACAGCUGUCCCAAAGAACGUAAAAGCCCUGCUGGAGUCCGGCCUGCUGGACGGCAUCCCAUUGGUCUACGACGACGGGCGUAACCGCCUGCGCGGCGUGGUAACCAGCGGCGGCGUGGCCUGCGGGUGCCGCAGCUGCAAGGGCCGGCAGGUAGUCGCGUGCGCGGUCUUUGAGAUGCAUGCGGGGAGCGCGGCGAAAAAGGCGGUGAAUUACACGUUCCUGGAUGUGCCGUGCGCUGCAAAUGCGAGGGAGGGCGAGUGCAUGUCGGCUGCGGAAGCGGCUAAGCUGAGAGGGCCAUGCCUGAAGGAUAUUAUUCUCAUUGCGGGGUAUGCGGGCGCGCCUGCUGCUGCUUCGGCGGCUGUGGAGCGGGAGAUGCGGCGGGUGUUUAGGGAAGGGGUGUGGGGAGAAGGGGGGGAGGGGGUGUGGGGAGGAGGGCGGCGGAGGGGGGACUGGAGUGGGGGAGCGGGGUCUGGGAGGGUGGGUCGGAUAGAGGCUGGUGGAAAGGUCUCCCUUGCUGCUGCUGCAUGGUCACCUGCAGUAAUCCCAAGUGGCAGCAAGGCGGCAACUGGGGGAGGGGUGGCUGGGGGAGGGGUAUCUGGUGGGGGAGCUUUUUCCAGGCUGCCUGGGCCGGCUGUGUGGUCACCUGGCAGUGGCAGCAAGGCUGCAACUGGGGGAGGGGUAUCUGGCGGGGUAGGGGUGGCUGGGGGAGGUGGAGCUGGGAGCGGUGUGGGAGACGGGCAGGUGCGCAAGCAGCAGGGCGCGCCGGUCAGGAAGAGGUGUGUGCGGUUGCCGCUUCCGCCUUUCAUCCUGGCGUUGCUCUUUGUCUGUUGCACGGAUUCAAGCAGGGCAGUGGCAUUCUCUGCAGCUGCUGCAACCAAGUGCAACAAGAGGUUUCGUUUCUCUCCCUUUUUCCCGCAUCAUCCUUGCCCCACCCUGCUGGUGUGUGGAGAGCAGGUCAGCAGCUCGCAGUUCGAGGCACAUGCAGGGAAGGGUGCACACCGCAACCCGCUCUUCACUCCUUUCCUUCACAACUCCCUUCACCUCCUGGUUUGCCCUUCCCUUCACCCAUCCACCAGCUACAAUCGCAUAUUCACCGACGACGGCUACAGCCUGCACGAACUCGCAAUCAGGCUCGCAGCCUCCCGGCCCCCCUGCACCCCUGCUGCUGGUACUGCCACCGGUGCUGCAAGUGCUGGCUCUGCCGGGUUCGGCACUGGGAGGAAGGCCGGCCUGAAGCGGGGAGGAGAAUCCCGCGACUCCUGUGAGUCGAGCCCGCGAGUGCAUCUCAGCACAGACGGGCACGCGGACGGGCAUGCGGACGAGUGCACCUACUGUGGCGACGGGGGCACACUGCUUCUCUGCGAGACGUGCCCUGGAGCCUACCACCCCGGCUGCGUGGGCCUACCCUCGAUUCCUGAUUAUGACUGGUUCUGCCCGACUUGUAAGCCGUCUACGGCGUUCUCAAGGCAUUUGGCGCCGCUCCCCCCGAGCGUGGGCAAGGGGGAGGGCGCAAGGGGGAAGGGGCGGGGGAGGGGCGCCGGGGGGAAGGGGAAGCGGAAGGGGGAGGCAGCGGGGGGGGAGGCGGCGGUGGGGGAGGCAGGGGAGGAGGAAGGGGGCAGGAAGGGUGCGGAGGGGUUGGGAGAGGUGGAUGUAGAUGUGGAGCGGUGCAGACGGUUGGUGAAAGAGUUGGAAAGCGCGGGGGGAGGGUGCGUGCUGUGUCAUUCCGGGUCGCAUGAUUUUGUCCCGUCGGGGUUUGGUCCUCGAACGAUCAUAUUCUGUGAUCAGUGUGAGAAGGAGUAUCAUGUGGGGUGUCUGAAGGAGCAUGGGGUUCAGGUGCUGGAAAGGUUGCCUGAAGGGAACUGCCCCAUUCCCCACUGCUCAACUCCCCCCCUGCCUCCGCCUCUGCGUCCUCCUGCCACGCUUCUCAACACGCCUCAGCAGCACAGCACCUCCUCCCAGCCUCGGGCAGCAUCCAUUGACCUGACGCCGAACGCGUCGCAGGGCCGGGCGGCGCAGAGCAGGGCGCGGGGCGGCGAGCUGACGUGGCAGGUGCUGAAGGGGCGGCGGGGGCUGGAGGCGAACGGGCUGACGCUGGGCGGCGUGUGUCAGCUGUUUGCCGAGUCGUUCGAUCCGAUCAAAGAUGCCUUCACCGGGAAAGACCUCAUUCCCCUCAUGGUCCGCAGUCGCAGCAGCAGGGAGCACGAGUUUCAGGGCAUGCUGUGCUGUGUGCUGAAGCAGCGCGACCGCGUGGUGUGUGCAGCGUGCAUCCGCAUCUUCGGUCGCCAGCUCGCUGAAAUGCCCCUCGUCGCCACCGCCUACUCGCACCGCCGCCGGUACUGCCUGCCAGCAGCAUCAGGCACAAACAAGAUUUCCACCUACCCCCUCCCUCCCCUGCCUCUCCCUUUCCCGGCCCACCAGGGUCUGUGCAAGGUGCCUCUCAACGCACUGGAUGUGCUCUUCUCCCUUCUCGCUCUCCCUCCAUCCGCGCUCCCUUUCUUCUCCUCACCCCACUAUUCUCUCCGAUUCCCUUCCCACCAGGGUCUGUGCAAGGUGCCUCUCAACGCACUGGACGUGCUCUUUUCCCUGCUCGGAGUGAGCAAGUUCUGCCUGCCAGCAGCAUCAGGAGCAAGUGAGAUUUCCACCUUCCUCCCCUGCCUCCCGUUCGCCACCCACCAGGGUCUGUGCAAGGUGCUAUUAAACGCACUGGACGUGCUCUUCUCUCUCCUGGGAGUGAGCAAGUUCUGCCUGCCAGCAGCACCGGGAGCAGAGGGCACGUGGAUCAAGGGAUUCGGCUUCUCAGUUAUGAGUACAGAGGAGGUCACUCAGGUGCAUCGGGACUUCCCGCUCCUCGUCUUCCCCGGGUCUGUCAGCGUGGUUCGGCGCGUCCCGAGCCUGCCCCGCGCCUACCGCAAGGCUGCCGAGCUUCAGGUGUUUGGUGCGGUUGGUGUGGCACCGCUGCCACCGUUUGAAACCCCCCCGUUAUUGUCGCCCUCGGUACAGGACAAGUCACGCAACACAGUACAAGAGGUGUCGCAGGGAGGGAAAGAGGGGCUUGGGGGUGACCGAGGUGAGGAGGCAGCAGGGUUUACUCGGGGGCAGGGAGAAAAUGGAGUGGAUACAACUGCUUUGGUAUCAGAGACGGAAGUUACUGCUGCUGAUACAGCUCUGCCUGCUGUGGUGACGGCUGUAGCGGCUACAGCUGCAGGGCAAUCGGAGCCUGCUACAGCCGGUGUGGUGGUGAUGUCUAAGGCUGGGGAAGCAGAGGGGCUGACAGCAGGGGUUGGUGCGAAGGGUGUGGUGGUGACUGCUGAUGCAGGGGAUGCGGAGGUGGUGAUAGAAGCAGAUGGUCGGACGGAGAGGGAGGGUGAAAGAGCAACACAGCGAGGUGAGGGUGUGGGAGAGGAGAGGAGGGGGGGGAGGAGAGAAGUGGAGGGAAUUGGAGAGCGGAGAGGUGAUGAGGGAGGAGAGUUGGAAGAGUGUGAGGUUGAGGUGGUGGAGGAUGGAGAGGAAGGAGAGGGAGGGAAGGCAAGGGAGAGGAGUGAGGUAGAGAAAGAAGAGGUAGGGAAGGCAAAGGAGGUGGAAGACCUCAGCAAGCCUUUAGAAGAUCAAGACGAGGGACGGCAGGUGUGUGUUGCUUGUGUGCCUUGGGAGGAAGUGACCGAAGCAGAGGAGAACGAGGAGGACGAGGAGGAAGAAGAGGAAGAUGAGGAGGAGGAAGGGGAGGAGGAGGAGGAAGAGGAUGCAGAGGAGAAGGGUGAUGCGGAAGGGGAGGAGGAGGUGUUGAUAGGGAAGAAUCAGAGGCGUGGUGGUAGUGGGGGUGGGAGGCGUGAGAGGGAGCGGAAUGGGAUGGUGGGGGCCCAGCAGGUGCCUCCGCUGUUCGUGGUGGCGGUGGAAGAGAAGAGCUAUGACCCAUCCGUGUGGGAUGUUGGGAGGAGUGAGGAGGAACCGAGAGUUAGUGGUGAGGAGAAGGGAACGAGAGUGGGUGAUGAGGGGGAGGAAAUGAGGGUGAGUGAUGAGAAGGGAAUUAGGGAAAGUGACAAGGAGGAGGAAAAGAGGGUGAGUGGUGAGGAGGGAGGUAGGGGGAGUGAUGGGGAGGAGCAGAAGGGGAUAUGUGAUCUGGAAGGGCAAGAGGAAGAGAGGAGGAGAAAGAAGAGACGCGUGUCAUUUGCAAGUGACUCGCUGGUACCUGAUGCGAGCGGUGCUGACGUGGAUGCUGCUGAUGUGGACGGUUCUGAGAUGGCAGGUGCUGACGUGGCAGGCGCUGACGCGGGAGGGGCUGGCAUGGAUGAGCAGCAAGACAGGGAUGAAGCUGAUGAGAUUCUGAGAGCAGUUGAGGAUUAUGAUGGGGUGAGCGCGAGGCCGGGGGGUUGCGAGGAGAGGGAGAAAAAGGAGGCUUGGGAGGAGAGCGAGGAGAGUGAGGAGCUUGGGGGGAGUAGAGCAAAGAGGAUGCGGGUUGGGAAGAGGAGUGGGGUGAGGAGCAGGCGAGAGAGGGGGAGUGGGGCAAGGGGGAGGGGGAGCGGGGCAAGGGGGAGGGAGAUCGGGGCAAGGGGGAGGGGGAGUGGGGCAAGGGGGAGGGGGAGCGGGGCAAGGGGGAGGGGGAGCGGGGCAAGGGGGAGGGGGAGCGGGGCAAGAGGGAGGGGGAGCGGGGCAAGAGGGAGGGGGAGGGGGCGAGGGAGGGUGGAUGAGGAGGAGGAUGAGGGUGCGGGGGUUGAGCAGGAGGGGGAGGAGCAGGAGGAGGAGGAGGAGGAGGAGGAAGAAAAAGAGGACGAGGUGGAAGAAGAGGAGGAGGAAAAAGAGGAGGAGGUGGAAGAUGGGGAUGGGAAUGAGGAAGAGGAGAAAGAGAUUGAGGAGCUUUUCGAGAUUGAUGAGGAGGAUAGAGGAUGGGGCAUGUUUGGUGGAGGAAGGCGAGGGAAGAGAGCAGCGCGGGCGAGACGAGAAGUUGGCAGGCGAGAUGAUGUGCAGGGGAGGAGGAGGAUGACAGGUGAGGAGGAGGAGGAGGGACGUGCAGAGGAGGAGGGACGUGGAGAGGAGGACGGGAGUGGUGAUGAGGAGGGGAGUGGAGAGGAGAGGAGUGGUAAGGAGGGGAGUGAAGAGGAGGGGAGUGAAGAGGAGGAGGGGAGUGAAGAGGAGGAGGGGAGUGAAGAGGAGGAGGGGUUUGUUGGGAAAGAGGAAGUGAGUAGUGUGAGUGGGGAGGGGAAGCGAGGGGAGAAGAAGCAGACUGGAUUGGACCUUUUAAUGAGGCGAGCAAGUGAAAAGAAUGAGAAGGAUGGAGAGAAAUGGGUGGAGGAGGGUGGGAAAGGGUUGAUAUUGGAUAUUGCAAUGGAAGGGGUGAUGGAUGGUGCAGUGCGGUUGAGAAGCACAGAGGAGGUGACCAACGCUGCUGUGCGGUGUGGGGAGGGGGUGGGCGGGGGUACUCGUCGUGCGAGGAGGGGGAGAGGGCGGCACAAGGAGAGAGAGGUUGGUGGUGACGGGGACUGGAAUGGUGGGGACAAGAGAGAGUUUGUGGGGGAUGAGGCAAAAUGGAGGAACUUAGAGGGGAAGGAAUUGAGAGGAGGAUUGAAAGAGGGCGAUGGGGAAGAGGAGGAAGAGGAGGAGAAAGAGGACGAAUUGGAGGAGGACGAGGAGGAAAAUGAGGAUGAUGAAGAAGAUGAGGAUGAUGAAGAAGAUGAGGAUGAGGAUGUGUAUGUGCCUGAUGAUCGAACUGCCGCUGGGUCAGGGAGGGGGAGAGGGAGAGAGAGUAGAGAGACAAGAGGAAGUGAAUGGAAAGGAGUGGACGGUGGAAAGAAGGUGAAUACGAGGGAUGAGACAAGCAGCGGCGAAGGGGAAGAGGAGGAGAGUGGGUCUGGGGAAGAGGAAGCAGAGGGGGAAGAGGACUCGUAUGCGCCUGAGGGGAGAAGUGCCGUUUGGGGGAAGAAGCAGGGGGAGAAGCAGGGGGAGAAGCAGGAGGAGAAGCAGGGAGAGAAGCAGGGAGAGAAGCAGGGAGAGAAGCAGGGAGAGAAGCAGGGGGAGAAGCAGGGGGAGAAGCAGGGGGAGAAGCAGGGGGAGAAGCAGGAGGAGAAGCAGGGGGAGAAGCAGGGGGAGAAGCAGGGGAAGCAGGGGGAGAAGCAGGGGUAG